UCCACACCACACCACACCACACCGCACCUCCCCACCUCUUUGUCAGGCUCCUUCUUUUCUCUGCAAUAGGCACAACUUCCUUUUCUGAGUAACUCCACUAGUCGAGACAGGUCUGUGGAUGUUUGUACAGUACAUCAGUCAGUUCUUGGUAAUGACGGUGACUUUGGAGUUACUGGAGCAAUGAUGAAGGCUGUAACUAGAAUCUUCUCUUUUUUCCUCCUAAUCCGUAUGGAAGCGGCGACGGCCGAAGGAAAUACUACAGAGCACGUCGGGGAACUUGCGCUGGAGAACGAGGUGAUGGUGAAACCGGCGGUGGCGAAGACGACCUUUCACAUGCAUUUACGAGGCAGUCUAUUUGAAGAUACCUGUGCUAUCGAACCAUUUGAAUCAGACACUCUCAGCACGUGCAACUACAACACAAGCGACCCUCUGGUCAUCAUUAUUCAUGGCUGGACGAUCAGUGGGAAAAUGGAAGAAUGGGUGCUCAAGCUCGCCUCAGCCCUCAAGACCAGGCUAGAGCAUGUGAACGUGCUGAUCAUUGACUGGAGACCUCUGGCUUUCCAUCCAUAUCCAACUGCAGCUAAAAACGCAAGGCAGGUGGGACGGGAUGUCGCAAAUCUCCUGAUGUGGCUUGAGGAGACCACCCAGCUCUCCAUGGAUAAAGUGCACCUGAUCGGUUACAGUUUAGGAGCACACGCUGCCGGAUUUGUAGGAAGCCAUUUUCCGAAAGCCAAAAAGCUGGGCCGCAUAACAGGUCUGGAUCCUGCAGGUCCCAAUUUUGAGGGAGUUCCUGCUUCUGACAGGUUGUCUCCUGAUGAUGCCAAGUUUGUAGAUGCCAUCCACACCUUUGCGAAAUCCAGCAUCGGGUUAGCAUUGGGAAUCCGGCAGACCGUCGGACAUGUUGACUUCUACCCAAACGGAGGCUACUUCCAGCCUGGAUGUCAUAUGGCAGACAUAUAUAACAAUGUCUACCAGUAUGGUCUAGAAGGUGUACCAAAGACUAUCAAAUGCGCUCACCAGCGGUCGGUCCACCUCUUCAUCGAAUCGCUGUUGAAACAGGACCAACGAAUGAUAGCUUACCGCUGUCGAGAUGACCGUGCGUUCGACCAAGGCCUGUGUCUGGACUGCAGAAAGGAUCGAUGUAAUACUCUGGGCUACGAUGUUAGACAGGUGUACAUCGGAGGCAAUAGCAAAGGCUUCUAUCUGAAGACCGGUCCUCAAACACCAUAUAUGGCCUAUCACUACCAGAUUAAGGUGCUGCUGAUGAAUCUGAUCGAGCAAGUCAAAGCCUCCAUCUCCAUUGCUCUUAUUGGAAGUGAAGGAGAGAGUCAGUAUACCCCCAUUACUCUGUCUCUGGAACAUCCCGAGAACAAGACGUACUCAUCUUUGGUCCCGGUCGGCUCAGUGCUGGGGGAGCUGCGAGCGGUGCGUUUACGCUUGGCAGGAGAGGCCUGGAGCAGCUGGUGGAGACGAGUCACAACCAUCAUGAGCCGCGGCGGAGGCUCCAACGAAACGGAGCUCAUUGUGGCUAAAAUACGACUCAAAUCCGGCGAAAGCCAAGAGAAGACAUGGUUCUGUGAUCAAACAGCAGCCGUCACACACCUCAAACCCUCACAAGAGCACGAGUUUGUCCGGUGUCAGUACGCCGCCAAGAGGAAGAGGAGCAGCAGAAAUCUUCAAGAGACGAACAUACACGGAAAGGAAUCCGGCAAGCAUUCAGACCGACUUAAGAGAGAGAAAUCUGAAACAGAUUAAUAAAAAUAAAUAAAUAAAUAAAUAAAUAAAAAGUCAA